AUGGAGCAGGAUUCAAGUGGCACUGGGCAGGAAGCUGUGGCUGCUUCACCUGCAGGUGCAAAUAAGUCAAAGCUGGAUACAUUGUCCAAAGAUGACUUGAUAAAGUUUGCCAAGAAGCAGAUGGCUGCAAUGCAAAAAAUAAAGAGCAAAUGUGCAGAUUUAGAGAAAGAAGUUGAGACUCUAAAAAACCAACCAAAUCCCAGUAAGAACACCUCUGAAGAUGCUAUAUUAAUACAGGAACUGACCGAGCGAAUGGAUGGUUUACUACUGGAGAAGGCAGAAACCCAGCAAAGCCUUUCAAAGUGUCGUAAAGAUUUAGAACGAACCACACAGCAAAGAAAUGAAGACAUGGGUGCACUUCAAGCAGAGCUAGAUCGUGUUAUUGAGGACCAUAAAAAGAAAAUAAAGAUUCUUGAAAUGUCUAUUGAAGAAUCAAGCCAUAAACACAAAGAAGAAGUUGAUCAUUUCCAGAACUUACUGAAAGAACGUGAAGCGAUUGACAGAGAGAGAGAAAGUGAACGUGAGAGGGAGCGUGAAGCACAGGAGAGCAGCGAUGAAGUCCGCCAGAGUUUGGAAGCAGAGUUAAAAAGUAUCAGAGCGGAACUUGAGGCGGUGCAGAAGCAGAAGUCUGUGGAGAUGAGCGAGCGGCAGGAGAGUGUCCAGACAGAGCUGACGAAGGCCCAGCAGGAGGUGGAGAACCUGAGGGAGGAGCUGAGCCAGAGGAGCAUGCAGCACGAGGAGGAGAUCAGGGCUUUGGAGGAGGACUUCGAGAUUGAACGGGACAGACUCCUGCUGCUCCAUGAAGAACUCACAGAGCAGCUCGCACUCAAAGACAGCUAUUUGCAGGAUGUUCAAGAGGAAGACGAAGAACCUGCUCGUGGUUCAGGAAUCGCCAAAAUGUUGGAGUUGUCUCGCCGCAGUCAGAGCUCUCACGUGGACGGUGAGGAGGAGAUGGAAGCUGGAAAAUUUAGAGAAGCUUUGGAAGACCUUCAAGCCCAGAACACAAUGUUACAGGACGAACUCACUCUGCUCAUGAAUCUCAAAGAAGAACUGGAGGCCGAGCUGGAGAGAGCCAGGGAGGAGUUUCAGAUCGAGAGAGAGGAGUUGGAGUUCAAAAUUGAUGAGUUACAAAUGAGCAAAGAGGGGAACGCUGGCGAAUCACCCACGACGUCAGCUCCUAGUGACCCACAAUCCAGCAAAAUUAAAAUUGAUGGGAAACCUUUAGAAGACACCAAAGAGGCAACAUUAGGCCCCACUACUCCUGAUGAAAACCCAACCUUAUCAAAACUUGAAGAGCAGCAAACGAUUAACCAGGAUUUGAAAGCUCAAUGUGAAGCGCUGACCAAAGAAAGAGACUCCAUUUUGGCUGAGUAUCAUCUCACACGAAGCCGUUUGCAUGAUUUAGAAGCAGAACUUGGAGAGAAAACUGAAGAUUCCAUUGCCAUGAAGGAACAAGGGAAACUUGAGGAGGUGUCAUCACAGCUUGUCCAAAUGGAGCAGGAGAAUAAACUGUCUGGAUCCAAAAUGGCAGCUUUAGAAUCUGAUUUGGAACAGGAGACUUCUGAAAAGAGCCUACUUGAGGCUAAACUAGUUACGCUAACUGAAGAAGCAGCGAAAGCAGGAGAAAAUAUUGCGGCAUUAGAGCAGAACGCGUCGGAGGUGAUGAGAAAUUCCACAGAGGAAAUCCGCGAAUUGAGAACGCGUAUUCAAGAUCUGGAGAUGGAGAGAGACAAGCUGAAAAAAAGUCUUGAAGACGCUAGCGAAGAGGUGAGGCUAACAGUGCUAAACGAGGUACAAAGUCAUAUCACGGAAUUGGAGCGGGAGAAAACGGAGCUAGAACGUAAUAUUGAGGAAGUUAUGAAGGAUGUAGAGGGUCUGCAGAGAGACCUAGAGGACAUGAAGGCCAGAAAUGAAAAGAUGAAUGAAGAAAAUCAAGUGUUGCAAGAGAAAGUUUCCCUGUUAACUGAAGAAAAAGAGGGACUUCAGGUAGAAGGUCAGAUGGACUACAAAGACCAGCUCACGGAGAAGGACGCUCUUGUAUCUCAACUGAGGGAUGAGAUCACAGCGCUGCAGUCUGCGUCCCUGGCUACCUCUUCCGAAAAAUCCGUCAGUGGCCUUACGGAGAGAAUAGCCCUGUUGGAAAAGCAACAAAAAGACAAGGACGAGAAGAUGAACAAAAUCAAAGCAGUGGCCGUCAAAGCAAAGAAGGAGCUGGAUUUAAGCAAGAAAGAGGUUACAGCGCUAAAAGGAGAAAUUGACAGUUUAAAAGCUGAGCGGGAGAAAGUCAACAGUUCUAUGAAAGAUAUUAUUCACGGUGCUGAAGGCUACAAGAACAUGCAGAUCGAUUACGACAGGCAGACGGAGCAGUUGGAUAAAGAACGAGAGAGAACGGAGGCGGCCGAGAAGCAGAUCGCUGAGCUGACGAAACGACUCAGCACUGCCGUCGUACAGACUGAGACUCUGACAAGUGAAAAAGCAGACCUCUUGGCUGCAAUGGAGACCAUAAGAAACGCAAUGAAACAGAUGGAAGCUCAGAACCAGGAUCUUCAGAAGCACAUGGCCGCCCUGGAGAGAGAUGUGGUGGCUGAGAGGACUAUGAAGGAACACAAAAUAAAGGAUUUGUCAUCGGCCUCAAAGGAGGUGGAGGAUCUGACGGCUCAGCUCCACCGACAGCAGCAGCAGUCUCAGCAGAUCACUCAGGAGCUGGAGCAACUGCGGAAGGAGGCGCAGCAGAGCUCUCUUAUGGAUAUGGAGAUGGCGGAUUAUGAACGACUCGUCAAAGAACUCAACGGAAAACUAGUCGAAGGAGAAGAAUGUGUUUCUGAGUUAAAGUCUCAAAUAAACACUCUUGUCCAGAAUGAUGAGGCACUCAAACAGGAAAUUGAGUCGCUGAAGUCCCAGCUGGAUCAGGGGGAGGAGAAGACCACCAAGAUGAAACAGCUGCUGGUAAAGACCAAGAAAGACUUUGCUGAUGCCAAGAAACAGGAGUCCUCUUUAAUGAUGACACAAGCGUCACUGCGAGGAGAGCUCGAGGCAAACCAGCAGCAACUGGAAAAUUCAAAGAUUGAAGUGUGCCAGCUGACAGCCGAGCGCCAUCGAUUACAGGAGCAGCUGAGGUCUGCACUGGAGCAGCACCAGCGCACCAGCUCGACCCUGCAGCAGCGAGUCAGCAGCCUGCAGACGGAGAGGGACAACGCAAAGGCUGAACUUGGGGCGAUUGCGAGCGAGUUUGAAAGUUACAAAGUGAGAGUCCAUAAUGUUCUGAAGCAACAGAAGAGCAAAACUACCUCCCAGAGCGAAGGAGAUUCAAGCAAAACAGAACGGGAGCAGUUGUCGUCUCAGGUGGAGCUGCUUCGGUCGCGGUUGUGCGAGAGCCAGCAGAGUCUGCAGAGCGUCACGUCUGAGCUGCAGCAGCUUCAGAGCGAACACGACACGCUGCUCGAGAGGCACAACAAAAUCCUCCAGGAAACCAUCAGCAAAGAGGCCGAGCUCCGCGAGAGGCUGCUCACGCUUCAGUCUGAAAGUGUGAGUGUGCGGUCCGAGGCGUCCCAGGUGCAGGCGGAGCUGACGUCUCAAAUCGAGUCCCAGCGUCAGACGUACAGGGAGCAGCUGAGAAAGCUCCAGGACGAACACCGAGCCACCGUGGAGACUCUACAGGGACAACUGAGCCGCGUGGAGGAGCAGCUCUUCAGCCUGCAGAGCCAGACCAGUACUUUGUCAAUGCAGUCCAGUCGUAAAUCUGUGUCCGACUCUCAGCGUAAAAACACAGACUACAUCCAGGCUGGACUGAGCUUCAUGGCCCCGGGUGACCUCCAGUCGAUGGCCCGCGAGGAGGGGGAGGGCAUGGAGACGACAGAGACAGAGAGCCCGUCUCCAGCCUCCACGCCCCUACCAUCUCUGGAGCAGCUCCUGUCAUCUCCCGAUCCAAAACAAGAGCCUUUUGUCUGGACCGUGGAGCCAACCAAAGAAGAGUUGAGUCAGAAGCUCAGCACAGUCACCCGCAGCUUGGAGCACAUAAACAGCCUUCUCCAUGAAACUGAGGCCACUAAUGCAGUUCUUAUGGAGCAGAUUACGUUGUUGAAGAGUGAGAUCCGUCGUCUGGAGCGGAACCAGGAGCGUGAGAAGAGUGUGGCCAAUCUGGAGUAUCUAAAGAACGUCCUGCUGCAGUUCAUCUUCCUCCGAUCAGGAAGUGAGCGACAGGCGCUGCUCCCUGUAAUCCACACCAUGCUCCAGCUGAGCCCAGAGGAGAAGAGCAAGCUGGCUGCUAUUGCACAAGGUGAAGAAGAGGGAUCUGCCUCAAGAGGCUCGGGCUGGUCAUCGUAUAUUCACAGCUGCUUGACGCCGAGGCGAGGCCGCCGCUUGCACUCUGCGCCAUUCCACUCCUCUCCACAUCUGGAUAAGAGCGACUCAACACGGGGAAAACACAGGAGCAAAAGACUGCAGGGAUGCUGGCUAAUCAACGAAAUGACAAACGGUCCAGCGCCUCUCACGGUCUUCCCUCUAGUGUGCUCUUGA